AUGUAAUUAAACAGUUUGCUUUUACACACACAGGAUGUUCUGUGCAAUUUCAUAAUGACAUGGGUUUAAAAUGAAAAGUCAACUUUGGAGGGUAAAGAUGUCAAAUCAGUACACUAGGCAAUUUGGCAGGUUAUGUUUCACAAAUUAUGUUCACUCAAUUUGCUGGCAAAGUUUAUGUAAUCUGCGCAGCUUUAGUGCACAUACUCAACUCAUAAGUCAAUAUAAAUAUUAAAUAUAGCUGAGUUUGAGCAGUACCUGUGCAUUUCUGGCUUACUUCAACAUAAUCGUCACUAAGCAACAAAUAAAGGUGGGCUGGUUUGUUUGCUUUGAAGGGAAUAGUGCAAUAUAGAAAUGCAAUAAUGAACUUGCUCCCGGACGCAUUUUUGGAACCAACAUACCUUGAGUAAGCAAGGUUUGGGUUAAUCAACCGAGAGUUCAGGGCAUUUGUGACCGGUAAGUUAACCUUGCUUUCUGGAAUACCCCCAUGGCGUUUCGCAAAAUCCUCUAAACCUAAAUCUACCUCUAAACCUAUCCAUCACAGAAAACUUUUGGGAUUUUCUUUGAAAAAAAAAAAAAAAAAAAACUACCACAGUAUAGUAUGUUUUUUAAAAGACAUUAGGUUUACGAGGACAUGGGAGGAUCUAUGUUUUAUACACAUUUGUGUCCUCACAAACCAGUACACACACACACACACACACACACACACAGGUAUUGUGGCUACAGUCCUGUUGAGCCUGAGAUGACGCUUUGCGCCACUAGAGGGAGUAGGUUUGUUUUUCAUAUUAGUGGAGUUACAAAACAAGACGCACCUUAACCAAGUAGAAACGAAAGUAAAAGAAGAGGAUGAAGAGACGCAUUUUCGAGGCUUUAAACCUGUUAACAUUGGGUGUUUAAACAGCCACAUAUUUAGUGUCAGGAGAACACUAAAAUGAGUUUCCAGGUCAAGAGAGAAGAAGAGGACACUGCCUCUAAAAUGAGUUCUCCAUCUCCUGGAUCAAGCUGUGUGUUUGUGAAGAGUGAUCAAUCCAUGAGGAAACUACCCUCUGGAUCCAGUGAUGGACCAGUGACCUCUGAGUCCAGGAUCAGCAAGAGGAUGAGACAGAGAUCAGAGUCUCCAGAUCCCAGCAGUGUGUCUCUGAAGAGCAAUGCAUCCAUGAUGGAACCCUAUAGAUUCAGUGAUGGAUCCGUGACCUCUGACCCCAGCAUCAGCAAGAGGAUGGGACAGAGAUCAGAGUCUCCAGAUCCCAGCGGUGUGUCUCUGAAGAGCAAUGCAUCCAUGAUGGAACCCUAUAGAUUCAGUGAUGGACCAGUGACCUCUGAUCCUCCCAGGGUGGAGGUACAAGAUCUGAUCAAACCUGUGCCAUCUUCUUCAUCCCACCAUCUGACUCACAUCAGGCAGGACAAAACUGAAGCAGUCCUGCAGACACACACACUGGAGACUGGAGACCUGCAGAGAGUCAAAGACCAGCACAAAACCAGCAUGAAGAACAAGUAUGAACAAUUAUUUCAGGGAAUCAAACUCCAAGAGAAUAAAACCCUCCUGAACAGGAUCUAUACACAGCUCUACAUCAUAGAGGGAGAGAGUGAAGGAGUGAAUAAAGAACAUGAGUUUUUACAGAUGGAGAAAACAGCUAGAACACAAUACCUACAAGACACUCCAAUCUACUGCAAUGACAUCUUUAAAGCCUCACCUCAACCAGGAUGUGAGGAGAAAGACCAAAUCAAGACUGUUGUUACUAAAGGCAUCGCUGGAAUCGGAAAAACUGUCUCUGUGCAGAAGUUCAUUCUGGACUGGGCUGAGGGAAAAGCCAAUCAGGAUGUAGAUUUCAUGUUUGUGCUUCCAUUUCGAGAGUUGAACUUGAUUAAAGAUCAUCAGUACAGUCUUCACAAACUUUUGCUGGACUUUCAUCCUGUACUUGAAGAUCUAGACUCAAAGAUUUAUGAGGAGUGUAAAAUUGUGUUCAUCUUUGAUGGUCUGGAUGAAAGCAGAAUCACACUGAUGUUUUCAGACGCUCAGAAAGUUUCUGAUGUGACUGAGACUUCAUCAGUGGGUGUGUUAAUGUCAAACCUCAUGAAAAAAGAGCUGCUUCCAUCUGCUCUCAUCUGGAUCACCUCCAGACCAGCAGCAGCCAAUCAGAUCCCCUCCAAAUACAUCAACCGUCUGACAGAAAUUCAGGGAUUCAAUGAGCCUCAGAAGGAGGAAUAUUUCAGGAAGGGAAUCAGUGAUGAACGUCAAGCCAGCAGAAUCAUCUCACACAUCAGAAGAGCAAGAAGCCUCCACAUCAUGUGCCACAUACCUGUCUUCUGCUGGAUCUCAUCCACUGUGCUUCAGAAGCUUCUGAAAGAAGAUCUGAGUGCAGAAAUCCCUCAAACUCUGACUGAAAUGUACAUCCACUUCCUGCUGAUUCAGAUCAACAUGAGGAAUCAGAAGUAUGAAGAGAGAGAUCCAGAGAAACUCCUGCAGUCCAACAGAGAAGUGAUUGUGAAACUUGCUGAAGUGGCUUUCAAACAGCUGAUGAAGGGCAAUGUUACGUUCUAUGAAGAGGACCUGAGAGAGAGCGGCAUAGACAUCACUGACGCCUCAGUGUAUUCUGGGAUUUGCACUGAGAUCUUUAAGGAGGAAUCUGUGAUUCAUCAUAGGAAAGUCUACAGCUUCAUUCAUUUGAGCGUUCAGGAGUUUCUUGCUGGUUUCUUUGUUUUUAACUACAAUUUGUUCACUAUUAUGAACACAUUAACCUAUUUUGAGCUGCACAAUUUGCUUAAAGGAGCAGUAGAUGCAGCCAUAAAAUGUGAGAACGGGCACCUGGAUCUCUUCCUGCGGUUCCUGCUUGGCAUCUCACUGGAGUCCAAUCAGAGACUCUUACAUGAUCUACUGACACACACAGAGAACAGCUCAGAGAGCAUCAGAGAAAUCACAAAGUACAUUAAAGAGAAGAUCAAAGAUGAACAUGGACUCUCCACUGAAAGAUCCAUCAAUCUGUUCCUCUGUCUGCUGGAAGUGAAAGAUCAGUCUCUGUCCAGAGAGAUUCAGGAGUUUGUAAAAUCAGACAAACACUCAGAAACAAAACUCUCUCCUGCUCACUGCUCAACAAUUGCCUACAUGCUUCAGAUGUCAGAGGAAGUGCUGGAUGAGCUGGAUCUCAAGAAAUACAACACAUCAGAUGAUGGGAGAAGAAGACUGAUACCAGCUGUGAUCAACUGCACUAAAGCCCUUCUUGCUUGCUGUAAUCUCACUGCUCAGGAUUGUGAAACUGUGUCAUCAGCUCUUCAAUCUUCAAACUGUGUACUGAGAGAGCUGGAUCUAAGUAACAAUGACCUGCAGGAUUCAGGAGUGAAGCUGCUCUCUAAUGGACUGAAGAGUCCAAAUUGUCAGCUGGAGAUACUGAGAUUAUCUGGCUGUAUGGUGACAGAGGAAGGCUGUGGUUAUGUGUCUUCAGCUCUGAGUUCAAACCCCUCACACCUGAGAGAGCUGGAUCUGAGCUACAAUCACCCAGGAGACUCAGGAGCCCAGCUGCUUAAUGACAAACUGAUGGAUCCAAACUGCUCACUGCAGAUACUCAAGUAUGUGAUGCAUUUGGACCAUAGAGCGUGUUUAAGGAUCAUACCACGAUUGCAAAAAUAUGCCUGUGAUGUCACAUUGGAUCCAAACACAGCAAAUAUUCGUCUCGUGCUGUCUCAGAACAACAGGAAGUUGACAUAUGUAAAAGAGCAACAGCCUUAUCCUGAUCAUCCAGAGAGAUUUAAACACUAUGAGCAGGUUCUGUCUAAAGAGAGUUUCUCUGGACGCUGUUACUGGGAGGCUGAAUGGACUGGCUGGAGUUAUAUAGGAAUGACAUAUAAAGGAAUCAGCAGGGGAGGAGGAAAUCACUGUAGAUUUGGAUAUAAUGAAAUAUCCUGGUGUGUUUUCUGUAUUGCUGACAGAUACAGUGCUUGGCACAAUAGUAAAAACAAAGACAUACCUGUCCCUUUAUCCCGCUCUAAUAGAGUAGGUGUCUAUCUGGACUGGUCGGCCGGCACUCUGUCCUUCUACAGCGUCUCUGACACACACACACUCACACACUUACACACAUUCAACACCACAUUCACUGAACCCCUCUAUGCUGGAAUUAGGGUUUAUGAUUCCUCAGUGUCUCUAUGUUAGAUUUGUAGCAUCUGGAGUGAAUCACAAUGAUCGAGUCAACUCUAAAUUUUGUGAAAGCUUUUGACGUUUGACCUCCUUCCUGUAACUCACAGACAUAGCUCCGACGUGUCUGGGCCAUGUAGCCCCUUUUGUCAUGUUUACUACCUCAGAGAGUUUUGGCAGGAACACUUUCGUAACCUCAUGGGACCAAAAGUAACUUCAAAGGGCCUCCUAGUUUGACCCCCUGUUGGCCACAGAGACCAUGUGGCCACCCCAGACGUCAUUGAAAACCCAAUACUAGGGCUGCACGAUAUAUCACACGAUACGAAAAAUAACAUUGAACUUGAACGCGAUUAUCGCUUAAACGCGAUUCUUAGUGCGAUUAUGAAAUGGCAAAGCUGCGAUUGUUUUUUUAUGCGCGGCUUGUCAAUGAAGUAUGGCUCCAAAUGCUAAUCUAUCUGAAAGCACUGCAAGUUUGAAUCACUUAUAAUGUACAUUUGAAAAAGCAAAAGCGUCAAACUUCUUUUCAGACAUGAGAAGCAUUUAUUAACAUCUUGUCCAACAAAAGACAACAUUUAAUAACAUGUUUUACUCCAAACUCACUUCAUAACGACAGUUGAGCAUCCUUCUGUGAGAUGAUGUGGCUUCUUACACAGAAUAAGGCAGUCGUGUGUUUAUUAGUCAUGUUUAAUUAAUCAAAGCGUUUCAAUCUUCUGUUUAUUCAGCUACAGCGAUAUGAUGCGUGUUAUCUUCUUCUGCUGCAGGGCAUAUUUUGAGUUUCUGCACAAGAGCGCCCUCUGGCUUUCAGAUGGAGAAGCAUUUACUACCGAUCACAGAGCCGUACAGCUCUGACAAGCCACGCAUUAAAUAAUCACAGCCUUUGCCAAAUCACGUGCGAUUUUAUCGCGAUAAAUCGUGCAGCCCUACCCAAUACACAUCACACACACACAUAUAGAGAAAACUCUUUUAAUGCAACUUAUAAGUUAACCAUUCUUUCAAAAAAGUAUAUGGUGUAUCCCUUUUUAUGUAUGCAUGUCCACAUGUGUAAUUAGCCUAGUUGUGAUUUUUAGUUAUUCUAGAAUAAGUUUAAAUCCUUGUAAUCAUAUGUGUGCUUUCUUAUGUAAUUCCAUCCUAACGUGUUUAAUCUUGAUUUAAACCUCUCAGGAUGCUUGAACCAACUAUGUAUGUUAUGUUAGUGUAAAAUGUUUUAUUCUACUUUUAAAGUACUUUUGAGAAAAACAUACCCAGAUCUGACACUUCAUAAAUUAUGCAAAUGAAGGCAUAAAAACAGACAAAGAAGCUUUUUCCCACUUCAAAAUCCAUGCUGGCCAUUGGCUGGUCCAACCCAGGAGGAAUGUAGUGUUUUGCUCUAUAACAAACCAACGUGCAACCCUCCCUCCCAGUCGUCAUUACUUCGGACGAGACAAAGAGCUUUUCCUUUUCCUAUUUUCGGUCUUAUUACUUUCCAGUUAAACUCCUUUUGAAAAUCCCACUGAAGACCAUACCUCGGGAAAAGGACCAAUCGCUCCAGCUCGAACGCAGAACUUCUGCAGAACAGCGUAUGAACUACAGCACCCAAAGUUAUCUAUGCAAGUAUAGAACCAUUUGUUCCGCUGUGUUUUAAGCUUACAUUUUCUGAAGUGAUUCCUUGCUGGCUCUCAAAGGUUUAACUGUGUGUAAUUUGCCAUUCUUUGAUCACCUCUGUUUUUCCUGACUUUACUUUGGUUUAUUCUAUGUAUGUAUUCUUUGUUAUAUUUAGCCAUAUAUAUAUAUUUGUAGUUUCAUAUAUUAAAUCCAUUGUAGUUAUGCUU